AAACAAGCAUUGAAAAAGUGAAUGUAUAGUUUGAUAUAUUGAAUUCAAAGUUGCAUAAUUAAAAGAAAUUUUUGCUGGAAUUAGAAACAUUUAGACAGAGUAUUUGUCUCAGUUUGGUUGACUUCUUGGAUUGUUGUUUUGUAUUUUCGGUGUAGUGUCGUCUAACAGAACUUGUUAUAAAACGUUGAUUAAACGAUGGAUCAAAAUAAUGAUAACCACUGUUCCAGUGAAACUCUAUCACUCAUUCGGCGCUCUUUAAAAUCCCACAGCAUGAAUAAGGAAGGAACACAAUUCGAUGAAAGUUUCCCACAUAUUUUUGUCGUUUUCGGAGCCUCGGGUGACUUGGCAAAAAAGAAAAUCUAUCCGACGCUGUGGUACUUGUACCGAGACAACCUGUUGCCGAAACGUACAACAUUUUUCGGCUAUGCCCGCAGUGCAAUAACCGUACAGGAAAUUCGUGAAAAAUGCGCACCUUACUUGAAAAUUCGUCCUGAUGAGGAGAAGGUGUUCGAAGAUUUCUGGAAAAUCAACCACUACGUGGCUGGAUCGUACGAUUCGCGUACGGAUUUCGAGAAACUUAAUCAAGAAAUGGGUAAAUUCGAGAAUGGGUCGCAUGCUAACCGUUUGUUCUAUUUGGCACUGCCGCCAUCAGCAUUUCAAUCGGUUUCGGCCAACAUACGUAAUUCCUGCAUGGGUCAGAAAGGUUGGAAUCGUAUCAUCGUCGAGAAACCAUUCGGGAAAGAUGCUGCUAGCUCGAAAGCCCUGUCCGAUCAUCUAACUUCGCUAUUCAAAGAGGAACAACUCUACCGCAUCGAUCAUUACUUGGGCAAGGAAAUGGUUCAAAAUUUAAUGACAAUUCGGUUCGGUAAUCGCAUAUUCAAUCCGACAUGGAAUCGUGAAAACAUUUCGUCGGUGUUGAUAUCGUUCAAAGAACCAUUCGGUACAAAGGGUCGUGGUGGAUAUUUCGAUGAAUUCGGCAUCAUUCGAGAUGUUAUGCAAAAUCAUUUGCUUCAAAUUCUUUCGCUCGUCGCAAUGGAAAAGCCGGUCACCUGCCAUCCGGAUGAUAUACGCGAUGAAAAGGUCAAAGUACUGAAAAGUAUCAAAUCAUUGGAACUGGACGACUGUGUGUUAGGACAGUAUGUGGGAAAUCCGGAUGGCAAAGACGACGAUGCGAAAAUGGGCUACUUGGACGAUCCAACGGUUCCGGCUGGUUCGAAAACACCAACAUUUGCGUUGGCCGUGUUGCAAAUUAAGAACGAACGAUGGGACGGCGUGCCAUUCAUACUGAGAUGCGGCAAAGCAUUGAACGAACAGAAAGCUGAGGUGCGAAUACAAUAUCGCGAUGUUCCUGGUGACAUAUUUGGCGGCCGGUCGAAGCGUAACGAAAUGGUAAUUCGUGUGCAGCCGGGAGAAGCAUUGUAUGUUAAAAUGAUGACCAAGUCGCCCGGUAUCACAUUUGACAUGGAAGAAACCGAACUGGAUUUAACGUACAAUCAUCGGUACAAGGAGAUCAAACUUCCCGAUGCAUAUGAGAGACUAAUAUUGGACGUUUUUUGCGGUUCGCAAAUGAACUUUGUUCGUGAUGAUGAAUUAAGUGAAGCAUGGCGCAUAUUCACACCUCUGUUGCAUCACAUCGAGAAUAAUGACGUUAAGCCAAUACCGUAUAUGCAUGGUUCGCGUGGACCGAAAGAAAGUGACGAAAAAUGUGAUAAAAAUAACUUUAAAUACUACGGUUCGUACAAAUGGAACAAUUCUAAAAUGUAAAUCGCUUUCCAUUUCAAUGUUCAAAGAUGAAGAAAAUCGAUUUUGUAAAUGUGAACGUCAGAAAAGACUAUGGUCAUUCCAAUAUGUAUAUUCGAAACUUGAAUCAUUAACCCACACAACAUUCUAUACAAAUUAAUUUAUUAGAAUUAUUACGUUCUUUUUUGCCUAUAAAACUCAACCGAAACAACAACAA